AUGGCAGCAGGACUGAUGAUUGGGGCUGGUGCCUGCUACUGUGUUUACAAACUAACCAUAGGAAGAGAUGACAGUGACAAGUUGGAGGAGGAGGAAGAGGAAUGGGAUGAUGACCAGGAGCUGGAUGAGGAGGAACCUGAGCUUUGGUUUGAUUUCACAACUAUGGCUCGGCCCUGGAGUGAGAAUGGGGAUUGGACCGAACCGGGGGCCCCUGGUGGCACGGAGGACAGGCCCUCAGGUGGGGGCAAGGCCAACCGAACACACCCAGUAAAACAGCGCCCAUUCCCCUAUGAACAUAAAAAUACUUGGAGCACUCAAAGCUUUAGAAAUUUCAGGGAGAAGGCUUUCUGUACUCUGGAUAACUUGAAUGCAGGAGUUGAAAACCAGGGCCAGAUUAAGAUGUCCAUCAGUGAAGUGUGUCGGGAGACUGUGUCAUGUUGCUGCAACUCAUUUCUGCAGCAGGCCGGAUUAGAUUUGUUAAUAAGCAUGACAGUUAUUAAUAACAUGCUUGCCAAGUCCGAUUCAGACUUGAAGUUCCCUUUGAUAUCGGAGGGGAGGGGAUGUGCUGAGGUUCAGGCUUUGAAACUGUGGAUGGGUUUGUCUGGAAAGCUGGUCUGGGCAGGGGAAUCGCUGGGUGCCCAAACGCUGCUCUCAUCCAUGUCCCUCUUGAUCAGGAACGGAAACACACAGGUUCUCCCUGACACCCUGGCCUCGUAG